GUCUCUUCACAAGCUUAAGAUCCUUGAAGAUCACAGAGGGAAGUUUAUAUUUUUCUCCUCCCUCCUUUCUUUCUUCUUUCUUUCAUUGAGGAACGAAAACCCCACCACCCCCUCCCUUUCUGCAGCAUCAACAAUGGGUUGUGGGGAAUCAAAACAUGCUGUUGCCACGGCAGAUACCGUCAGCCAAAGCAAGAGAUCAAAUUCUAAGAAGGCGAAUGGUCAGGAGAAUCCAACUGUCAUCGAGAGAGCCACAGAUGAUGUGAAAACAAACACCAAUGCAUCCCUGGAAGAACCAAAAAAAGGUGCUAAGGUGGUUGUCAAUGAAGGUGAGAAUGUUAAUAAAGAUUCGGGAGGUGCCAUUGUCAAAGAAAGCGAAAUUCCAAAAGCUGAUGAUGUGACAGAAAGCGAGGUUCCAAAAGCCGAUGAUGUGAAAGAAAGCGAUCAUGAAGGAAAGGGAGAGGCUGUAGUCGAAACUGUCAAAGAAAAAGAGAACAAAGAGACCGCGGUUGUUCCUGAGGAUACAAAAGAUGAGAGUGAAAAGAAAGAUCUGAAGGAAGGAAGCACCGAGGAAACGAAAAAGGAGGAAGCUGGCCCUGAUUCCCCACCCAAGAAAGCCGCAUCUGAGCAGCAAACAGAUGCAAAUGAAAUUGUGGAGGACAAGGGACCAACCACAGAGACAAAAAGUGAAGAGGCCCUUACAGAAAACAAAGGAAAUCAAGAUAAAGAGGGAGAAGCUGCCGUGCAAACUACUGAAACAAAAGCCGAGAAGGCUCCUGAUGCUAAAGAGGAGCAUGCAACUGAAUCAUCUGAAAAGGAUCCAAAGACAACCUGAAGACUCAUCCAUUAGGCAUUUUUAAGUACUUGAUAUUGGAAGUCGAUGGUAUCUCCAAAUUAUGUACUCGUUAUCAAUUUAUUCUGUUUACUGGCAGACAUAUACGGCUGUAUUUAUUCAUUUAUCGAACUAUCAAUAUUACUAUUC